GGCAAAGCAGAGUCAGUCUCAUCAGUCUCUUCGAGUCUUGAGUCCUGUUCCAAGUCAACGGCGAUGGCGGCCAGCAAGGAGCAACUCAGCGAGCAGUGGCAAUCGGCACCUUCGUCACAGACUCGCAGCGUCGGUUCGAUCCGGCGACAAGCGGCGGCGGCCGGCCUGAUCAUCCAGUGAAGAGCGGCGUCACGACUCACGACUGGGGGCCACACAGCGGCAAUUAGGACAGAUUCAUCAUGGAGGUGGUGACGGGUGCCCUGCCUCGCCUCCUCCCCAAGCUUGCCGAUCUGCUCGUCGGCGAGUACAAUCUGCAGAAGGGGGUGAAGGGGGAGAUCAUGUUCCUGCAGGCCGAGCUCGAGAGCAUGAAAGCCGCCCUCGAGAAGCUCUCGGAUGCGCCGGCCGACCGGCUCGACAAGCAGGACAAGAUCUGGGCCAGGGAUGUGCGAGAGCUGACCUACGACAUCGAGGACAGCAUCGACGCGUUCAUGGUUCGUGGCAAGGGCAGCGAGCCUCCCCAGCCACAUCAUGGCUUCAAGAAGUUCAUCUACAGGAGCCUGAACUUGCUGACACGGGCUAAGUUUCGCCGUAAGGUUGCUACUGACAUUAGGGACAUCAAGAGCCGUGUCAUGGAGGUGUGUGAGCGGCGUGAGAGGUACAAGAUCAGCGGUGUUGCUGAUCAGCCUGCCAAUGCAACUUUCGAUCCUCGUUUGGUCUUUCAGUACGCAGAGGCAACAGAGCUUGUUGGCGUUGAGGAGACGAGAGAUGAGGUAGUCAAGAUUCUGAUGGGAGGGGAUGAAGUGUCCAAGGAGGAAGACAAGAUAGUUUCCAUUGUUGGAUUUGGGGGCCUGGGAAAGACAACUCUUGCUAAUGCAGUCUAUGAAAAGAUCAGGUCGCAGUUCGAUUGCUCUGCAUUUGUUUCGGUGUCCCGGAAUCCUCACAUGGAGAAACUGUUCCAGGACAUGUUCUAUCAACUUGCCAAGAGAAAUAAUGCAAGGAUCAAUGUUAUUGAUGAGAUCAGAGAAUUCCUUCAGAGCAAGAGAUAUAUCAUUGUUCUCGAUGACAUCUGGGAUAUUUCAGUUUGGAAAAUGAUGAGAUGUGCCCUGCCUGAUAAUAAUGGCAGAUACAGAAUUAUCAUAACUACCCGUAAUGUCAAUGUCGCUGAAGAAGUUGGUGGUGCUUAUGAGCUGAAACCUCUCUGCCUUCAGGAGUCUAGAACAUUAUUGUAUAGAAGAAUAUUUCACAAUGAAGAUAAAGUCAAAUGUCCUGAUGAGCAGUUGGCUGAAGUCUCUGAUAGAAUUCUAAAGAAAUGCGCUGGCGUACCCUUAGCUAUCAUUACGAUAGCUAGUUUACUGGCUAGCAAAGGAGGAAUGAUAUUGGAGUGGUAUGAACUCUGCAACUCUGUGGGUACUGGAUUGGAAAAUAAUCAAGAUGUGAGGAAUAUGAGAAAUAUUUUGUCACUUAGCUAUUAUGAUAUGCCAGCCCAUCUGAGGACUUGUUUUCUAUAUUUAAGUGUGUUUCCAGAAGAUUAUAUGAUUAACAAAGUUUGCCUGAUAAACAUGUGGAUAGCUGAAGGUUUUAUUCAAUCUGGAAAACAAGGCCAAACCCUACUAGAAGUUGGAGAGAGUUACUUCAACGAUCUGAUAAAUAGAAGUAUGAUCCAACCCAUGUAUGAUUGGUACUCUGGUUCGAUACAAGGAUGCCAAGUACAUGAUAUGGUGCUUGAUCUUAUAUGUUCCUUAUCAAAUGAAGAAAACUUUGUUACAGUCCUGAGUGGUACGGAGAACACUUCUCCAUCAAAUACAAUCCGGAGGUUGUCCCUUCAAAAUGGCAAGGACAAUCAUUCUAUGACUUGGGCUACAAAGAGCUUGCAACAAGUGAGGUCAGUUUUUGUAUUUCCAUCUGCUCUUGAUUCAAUGCCGGCCCUUGACAGUUUCCGAGUUACACGUGUACUGGACCUGCAAGGUUGCAAUCUUUCACAGAGUUACAGCCUUAAGCACCUUGGGAAAUUAUUUCACUUGAGGUUCCUGGGACUACGUGGCACAGGUAUUUCCCAUAUCCCAGAGGAAAUUGGAAACAUGUCAUCUCUACAAACCUUGGACGUAAAGCGCAAUAAAAUUUCUUGCUUGCCACCGACUGUUAUUCAGCUAAGAAAUUUGAUGUUCCUCUACAUUGACUGGUCUACAAGACUGCCAAAUGGGAUUGGCAACAUGACAUGCCUUGAAACGCUGUUACUGCGCAUUGACGACUCCACCUUGGACAUUACAGAAGAGAUAGGCCAGCUACUGGAACUGAGGUUACUACGUAUUGUCUUGGACAAAUGGAACAAUAAGAUGGUGGAGCACCUAAACAAGCUGCAAAAGAUCAAGAAUCUGUAUAUAGAGGUCAUCAAUGGCCAACGCAGCAUUGGUGGAUUGGAUUCCUUGGUUGCGCCACGACAUCUUUGGAGGCUGAACACAGUCCGGAGCUGCUGGUUCUCAACACUGCCGGCUUGGAUGGCAUCAGCUCUUAUUCCGAACCUCUCCUUUCUGUGGAUUGCCGUAAGGGAGCUGCAGCCAAAGGAUCUCGAAGUUCUCGGGAGGUUGCCAGCUCUCCACUCUCUAGAACUGGAGGUGGAUCAUGUGAACCUUGGAAUCCUUGGGAGAUUCAUUGUUGGUUCUGAAUUGUUCCCGUGUCUUGUACACUGCAAGUUCUGGGGAUUUGUAGAGCCUGUGGUAUUUCAGGAAGGAGCUAUGCCAAGGCUCAAAGAGCUUUAUUUCGACCUGUUCUUCAUCAGCAGCGAUCGUGAUCUCGACAUGGGCAUGGAGAACCUGCCAUUGCUGCAGGAUGUGUUCAUCGAGUUCCGAUCUGAAGUGGCGAGCACUGAGGAGGUGGACCAAGCAAAGACUGCACUAAGGCGUGGAGCUGAAAUUCAUCCCAACCAUCCCCGCCUUACGAUAUACUCUGAUUAAGUUGAUUAGGAAAUAUGGGUUGAGAUUUGAGGAAAAUGUAUAGCUUUGUGAUUGUGGCCUUAGGAAAUGGCACAAUUUUUCUUCAACCUCUAGCACUCAAAAUGUUUGUUGAAAUCUCACUUGUGACAUGACAUCUGGGUUGUUAGCACUGCAAUUUGCAAGUCAAUAUUUGCACGGGUUAGUCUCAUUU